AUGAACUCCUUCGCUGUUCUCUUGCUCUGCGUCCAAGCUUGCUUGGUACAGUCUGUGUUCGGGCAGUGCUGUGGCUACGGCGGCAUCGGGUACGCGCCCGCUUUCGCCGCGCCCUUCGCCGCCCCCGCUCUCGCCGCGCCGGCCGCGUGCGGGCCAGCCUACGGCGGCGAGGGUAUCGGCGACGUGGCGGUCGGCGGCCAGCUGCCGGUCGCCGGCACCACGCUAGUCUGUGGACAAGUGCCGAUCCUGGGCGCCGUGGAGUUCGGAGGCAUCGUGCCGGCCGGCGGCGAGGUGUCCAUUGCCGGCAAGUGCGCCUGCGGCUGCAGAGGAUACUGAGCGACUUAUUCAACUAUCGAUCCUAAAUAAAUCAUUUAUCACAAUUCGCGUAUUAUAAUCAUUUUAAUCAAAUCAUUGAUUAAUCAAAAAUCUCUCUAACUCAUCAUCUUUAUCGUUAUUGGCCUAAUGGCCCACUAGGGUUAGUUCCU